CAGCCUUGUGCAGCUUGUGCGCAUGUUUGGAUGGUGUAUCGCCGCGGUGCAGGUCAUCAUUAUUACAUGGUUCAUGUCCAACUGGAAGGAGCCAGGAUUUGCAAAAUAACAUCAUUUAGAUCGGAGAUAUCGACAAAUCAGGUGCCAUCAUGAGCAAAGUGCAGGGUGGGAUGAAAUGCGUGAAAUAUCUGCUUUUCAUUUUCAACUUCAUCUUCUGGCUGUCAGGCCUGUUGGUGCUGGCCGUGGGACUUUGGCUCAGGUUUGACCCAGAAACAGUGGAGCUACUGACAGGCGAUGGCGCCCCUGACACCUUCUUCAUCGCUGUGUACAUCCUUCUUGGUGCAGGAGGGUUGAUGAUGAUCGUUGGGUUCUUUGGUUGUUUUGGGGCGGUUCGAGAGUCGCAGUGUCUUCUUGCAUCGUUCUUUGCUUGCCUUCUGAUAAUCUUUGGAGCAGAGAUUGCCGCUGGUGUGUUUGGAUUCAUAAACAAGGAACAGAUCGUUGAGGAAGUCCAAAAGUUUUACAGUAGCUCCAUCUCUGACCUCUCCAAUUCCAACGCCACUGCGAUUGCACUCAUUUACCACAAAACUCUGAACUGCUGCGGAGGCUCCACAUCAGACACGUCUAACACACUUUGUGCAGAGGCUCCAGAAGACACCCAGGACUGUCUCACUGCAAUAACCAACUUCUUCAAUGAAAAGCUUCAUAUUAUUGGAUACAUUGGGAUUGGUGUCGCAGGAGUAAUGAUCAUAGGAAUGAUCUUCAGUAUGGUUCUGUGUUGUGCCAUCAGGAACAACAGGGAGGUUAUAUAGAUGGUGAGUUGACUCCCCCCCCACCCACCCCUUUCUCCUCCCUCACCCCCACCAGCCAGUGCAAAACACGUCCUCUGACCCCCUUCACAAUCACCUGCAUAAGAAGGGAAACACCAAAGUUACAUUCCGAUGUCAUUUCUCGUAGUCCAGGGUGAUCUGGUGGGGAGGUUCACUGAAUAGCACAAACAGAGAGUACACUACGUCCCAGUUGUCCACGGGCCAAUUUCAACACGAUACGCUGGAUCGUCGUCUUCACACCCUCUCCUCAACUCCACCAGCACUGAACAUUUAUUUCCUUCGUUCUUUUCCAUAACACAUGCUCCGCUUUUGGCACAACUCUGUGACAUUCCUCGGUUUUAACGUGUUUUUGUUUCAUUGCUGGCGCUCCACAGAGGUGCUGCACUGUAGCUGCAACAUGAAGCCUUCUUUGACACGGGAAUGUUGUUGAGUAUUGCUGUAAAUAUGGACCCCUGUUUUAUGCAUCUGCUGUUAACAUUAUUUAUCGUGCCCCUUCUAGCCCUUUUUGUGUAAUUUAUAGGCCUUAUGCCAAUCAUACUUUGUGUGCUUGAAUGUUUUGAGGACUAGUCUACCUUUGCAAAGUAAAUUUCCAGGAUGUGCCUAUAUUUAGUCACACAGACAAGCCUCCAGCUGCUGUGCUAUUUAUCCAUUCUUUGUGAUUUGAAUAUGUACAUAAUGACUGUGCUAGCUCCCAGCCAACACUCUCAAGUAUUUCUACUGUAAAGCACAAUAAAGGAAGUGUAGACGUGAUAUCAACCCAAAGGGUUACAAAAGGUCUGAUGAUAAACUGCCACUCUGUGAAUCUCCAAAUUCAUCUAAAAGGUCAUGAGUAACAAUACGUCUUGGGCUCUUCUGGAGCGUGUGUGAACUGUAACAGUGAGCUAGUUUUUGCAUUUUGUGUGAAUUAUUUUGGAUGUAAAUUUUGUUGGUGUGCCAAUAAGAUGUGAAUUAUAGAAUAAUAUAGUUUCUGUCAUACUGUUAACCAUAAUUAAAAAAAACAAUACUGGGUGCUUUUAUUGAUGUGUGUUGGCUGCUUUUUGUUUCCCGCCUUCGAAGUGUGUGAACCAGAAGAGUCAGAGGCAGAGCAGUCUGUUGAAUGAAAAUUUUGUGGUCGGUGAGGUUCCUGAACACGUCAGAGCUUGGUGUAGACUCACUAGUGUGAAAUGGCGGAUGUCUAGAACAGCAGUGCAAUCCUACACCAGAGAGAGGUAAUGCAGUGAAUGCAUACAGACAAAAAGUCAGGAUUCUUUAAACAAUAUUACACCUACUUACUACUUACUUAGUAAGUUACUUACUAACUUACUACUUACUUACUACUCAGACACAAUUAGAAACAGCUGAGGAAGGAUGUGGUUGAAAGAUUUGUGUUGAACCUGUAAACUUAAAUAUUACAUUGACUUCAGUAUCAGUAUGAGAAUGUUACUGUAAUUGCGGUAAUUUCCAUUCGUAUAAGGAAAAAUGUUGAUGUUUGACUAUAGAAGUUUGAACACAUUAUAAAAUAACACUGCAUUAUUAAAUAACCCGACAGAAUGUAAUACAUUUUAACUUCAUCAUGUAAUUACGUCUGCACUUUGUAACAAUCUGCUGGAUUUUGUAAUAAACAGCAUGAAUGCAAGAUGUAAUACAUUUCCCCACUUUUGUAAUAAAUGAUUACAUAUUGUGGUGGUGUAGUUGUGAAAAUGUAAUAAAAAUUGUAAAUGGA